GGCGCGGCUGCGGAUACUUGGAGGGCCACCAGCUGCUUCCGUUCGUGCAGGCCGUCCUGCAGACCGUGAUCAAGGAGAAGCCGCCGGACCCCUUCGAGUACAUGGCCAAGCGCUUCACGAACGGCUACGGGCUCGCCGACGCCAGGAAGCCCAAAACGCCGGCGAAGCAGCAGCCCGAGGCCGCUCUGGAGGCCCCAGCGGCUCCAGAGGCCAGUCCUGCCGCAGGCGCGGAGGGCGCGGAGCAGGGCGAGGCAAAGGAGGAGUGCAGCAGGGCGCUGGCGGCGGCCCUGGAGGAUAGCGAGGAGAAGAGCCAGCCCAGGACGGAGUGCCGCGCAGCGAUCACGGUAGCCCUGCACAAGGCCAGUCCUGCCGCAGGCGCGGAGGGCGCGGAGCAGGGCGAGGCCAAGGAGGAGUGCAGCAGGGCGCUGGCGGCGGCCCUGGAGGAUAGCGAGGAGAAGAGCCAGCCCAGGACGGAGUGCCGCGCGGCGAUCACGGUAGCCCUGCACAAGGCCAGUCCUGCCGCAGGCGCGGAGGGCGCGGAGCAGGGCGAGGCCAAGGAGGAGUGCAGCAGGGCGCUGGCGGCGGCCCUGGAGGAUAGCGAGGAGAAGAGCCAGCCCAGGACGGAGUGCCGCGCGGCGAUCACGGUAGCCCUGCACAAGGCCAGUCCUGCCGCAUGCGCGGAGGGCGCGGAGCAGGGCGAGGCCAAGGAAGAGUGCAGCAGGGCGCUGGCGGCGGCCCUGGAGAAGAGCGAGGAGAAGAGCCAGCCCAGGACGGAGUGCCGCGCGGCGAUCACGGUAGCCCUGCACAAGGCCAGUCCUGCCGCAUGCGCGGAGGGCGCGGAGCAGGGCGAGGCCAAGGAAGAGUGCAGCAGGGCGCUGGCGGCGGCCCUGGAGAAGAGCGAGGAGAAGAGCCGGCCCAGGACGGAGUGCCGCGCGGCGAUCACGGUAGCCCUGCACAAGGCCAGCGCGGAGGUUGCGGAGCAGGGCGAGGCCAAGGGGAAGUGCAGCAGGGCGCUGGCGGCGGCCCUGGAGGAGUCCGAGGAGGCGAGCCAGCCUAGGGCGGAGUGCCGCGCGGCUAUCACGGUGGCCCUGCACAAGGCCCCGGCGCCCGCCGCGGCGGCUCCGGCUCCCGCUGCGGAGCGCCCCCCGCCGCGGCGUUCUCCUCGCCGGGCCCGGUGGACAUCUCCUCCCUGA